GAGUUUCACUUUGUAACUUUUAAGUGGUCAGGACGCAGCCCCGCCCGACCAGGUGGAGCCACACAACUUCUGGUCUGCCCGGGUCGCUGCGCCGCCGCCGCAGGGAAGUCUUCAAAGGUUGGUGUCCCAUGACCCCCAUCAGGGAAGCCCAGCAGGAAAUGAGCAGCGGACCUGAGGCAGCUUGGGAGGUGGCCAGGGCCAUCGCUGCCUUUGCCAGCGCCAACUGAGGCCCUCUCCAGGGGACACAUCCACACUUCCUUCCCCAGCAUCUGGUCUCCUUCUCCAGGGAGGACCAGCAUGAUGACCGACUCCCCUCUCCUGGAGCUGUGGCAGUACAGAGCAGUGGCCUCACACGAGCGGCUGGGCAUCGGGGACCAGCCCAAUGAUUCCUACUGCUACAACUCCGCCAAAAACAGCACCGUGCUCCAGGGCGUCACCUUUGGGGGCAUCCCCACUGUCCUAUUCAUAGACGUCAGCUGCUUCCUGUUUUUAAUAGCAGUAUUUACCAUCAUAAGAAGAAAAUUCUGGGAUUAUGGCCGCAUUGCCCUGGUGUCAGAAGGAAACAGUGAGUCCAGAUUCCGGAGACUGUCAUCUUCCUCUUCAGGGCAGCAGGACUUUGAAAGCGAGCUGGGAUGUUGCCCCUGGCUCACCGCGAUCUUCCGCCUGCACGAUGACCAGAUCCUGGAGUGGUGUGGGGAGGACGCCUUCCACUACCUGUCCUUCCAGAGACACAUCAUCUUCCUGCUGGUGGUGGUCAGCUGCUUGUCACUGUGUAUCAUCCUGCCUGUCAACCUCUCAGGGGACUUGCUGGUCAAAGACCCUUACAGCUUUGGGAGGACAACAAUUGCAAACCUGGAGACUGAUGACAAGCUCCUUUGGCUGCAUACCAUCUUUGCUAUCCUUUACCUCAUCCUCACCGUGGUCUUCAUGAGACACCACACCCAGUCCAUCAAGUACAAGGAGGAGAGCCUGGUGAGGAGGACCCUGUUUGUCACGGGACUCCCCAGAGAUGCCAAGAAGGAGGCGGUGGAGAGCCACUUCCGGGACGCGUAUCCCACGUGUGAAGUGGUGGAGGUCCAGUUGUGCUAUAAUGUGGCCAAGCUGAUUCACCUGUGCAGAGAGAGAAAAAAGACUGAGAAGAGCCUGACCUACUACACAAACCUGCAGGUGAAGACAGGCCAGCAGACCUUCAUCAACCCCAAGACUUGUGGCCAGUUCUGCUGCUGUGAAGUGCGGGGUUGUGAGUGGGAGGACGCCAUCUCCUACUACACGCGCAUGAAGGACAGGCUGAUGGAGAGGAUCACAGAGGAGGAAUGCAGGGUCCAGGACCAGCCCCUGGGAAUGGCCUUCGUCACCUUCCAGGAGAAGUCCAUGGCCACCUACAUCAUGAAGGACUUCAACGCCUGCAAGUGUCAGGGCCUGCAGUGCAAAGGUGAGCCACAGCCGUCGUCCCACGGCAGAGAGCUCGGUGUCUCCAGGUGGACCGUCACCUUCGCCACUUACCCCGAGGACAUCUGCUGGAAGAACCUCUCUGUUCAGGGCUUCCGCUGGUGGUUCCAAUGUCUGGGUAUCAACUUCGUCCUCUUCGUGGGGCUAUUUUUCCUGACCACACCCUCCAUCAUCCUGUCCACCAUGGACAAGUUCAACGUCACCAAACCCAUCCACGCCCUGAACGAUCCCAUCAUCAGCCAGUUCUUCCCAACCCUCCUCCUGUGGUCCUUCUCCGCCCUGCUCCCCACCAUCGUCUACUACUCUACGCUGCUGGAAUCUCACUGGACCAAGUCAGGAGAGAACCGGAUCAUGAUGACCAAGGUCUACAUAUUCUUGAUCUUCAUGGUGCUGAUCCUGCCCUCCCUUGGCCUCACCAGUUUGGAUUUUUUCUUCCGGUGGCUCUUUGAUAAAACGUCCUCAGAGGCCUCUAUCAGGUUGGAGUGCGUCUUCCUGCCGGACCAGGGCGCCUUCUUUGUGAACUAUGUCAUCGCCUCGGCCUUCAUCGGCAACGGCAUGGAGCUACUGCGGCUGCCCGGCCUCAUUCUCUACACCUUCCGCAUGGUCAUGGCCAAGACCGCGGCCGACCGCAGGAACGUCAAGCAGAACCAGGCCUUCGAGUUCGAGUUUGGAGCCAUGUAUGCGUGGAUGCUGUGUGUCUUCACCGUCAUCAUGGCCUACAGCAUCACCUGCCCCCUCAUUGUGCCAUUCGGCCUCAUCUACAUCCUGCUCAAGCACAUGGUGGACCGGCACAACCUCUACUUUGCCUACCUGCCAGCCAAGCUGGAGAAGAGGAUCCACUUCGCGGCCGUGAACCAGGCCCUGGCCGCUCCCAUCCUGUGCCUCUUCUGGCUUUACUUCUUUUCCUUCCUGCGCCUGGGUCUGAAGGCUCCCCUCACUCUGUUCACCUUCCUGGUGCUGCUGCUCACCAUCCUGGUCUGCCUGGCAUAUACCUGCUUUGGAUGCUUCAAGCACCUCAGCCCUCUCAACUACAAGACAGAAGAAUCGGCGAGUGACAAAGGCAAUGAGGCGGGGGCCCACGUACCUUCACCGUUCAUACCCUACGUGCCCCGGAUUCUGAACGGCUUGUCCUCGGAGAAAACAGCCCUGUCUCCGCAGCAGCAGACCUAUGGCACCAUCAACAACAUCAGCAGGACUGUUGGGGGGCAGUGUCUGGCACAGAGCUCAGAGGACAGUGUGGCAGCCACCUACCAGGAGGACUGAGGGCUGGGGAACUGCCAGGCUGGUCCAGGCUUGGGGCCCUGGGGAGUCAGGAGGUGAAGAGACACAAGUGGAGAGGCGGCUGGCUCUCGAGCUCAACCAAGUUCACGACUUCUUUCCACCUGUUUUAAGCACAGGCACUCUAAAGAGAUGAAAGCAGAAAGGGGCUCUGGCCCUUGGCUGAGCAGGGAGGGCGGGACCGCCAUCAGGUGGGGUUCUUUUGGGAGCAAGUGCAGCCCUGGACUCUCGCUUGCCCGAGGCUCUAUUUAUUUCCAAGUCCCCUUUCUCCUGCACCAGCGCCCAGCUCUGUGGCUGGAAUGAUGUCCCCAGUGAUUUUUAGCAGGAUUGCGUGUUGGAACCAUAUCCCUCCAACCCAUCAGUGUGGUGACAGAAUCCAGCAAGAAGGGGCUGCACCGUGUGGAAGACCUUCUCCCUCUGAGCAUCCAGACACUGCCCACCCUUCUCCAGGCCACACACAUACCACCGAUAACCAAAGAGGCUGCAGCAGCCACAGGCCUGAGAUGGGUUCCUGAUUGUGGUCCAGGUCCAUCCCAGCUUACCCUCACGGGUACUGGGCCCUUCCCAACCCCGCCCUCACCCCGGGAGUGAGUUGCAGGAAGUAGGAGGGGUGUGGGCCAGCGCCAGGCUGCAGCAAGUUCCUCCACAUUCCCACCAGGGUCUUUUUUUUUUCUUUAUGUUGCCAGUGACAUGGUGGCUGGGUCGGGGUCACCUGCAGCGGCAGGGACAAUGAGGACCACUAAUAAAGUGCCCACUCAGCCAGGCUGCAGAGA